GAGGGGCAGACAGACAGCCCAGCUGGCUGAGGAGUUGCUCCAGUCCGACACACGGCCAAGUUGAUCGGAGUGAACCUGCGACGCGAGCAGCUACUGCUGCUGAGUCCCCGGCAGAGACCAGCCUCUAGUCUGUAUGGGAGUUUAGCUAGCUGAGCUAACUAGCUGACUUUGUCGCUGUUACAUGAACGACACACGGUGCUAGUUGCAGUUCUGCGCGGCAGAAUUGAAUGAGAGUACUACAUCUAACUUAAUUGUUCAAGUUGCAAUUUAAAAUGUCUAUAUUGCCGUUCACUCCUCCAAUCGUGAAGAGGCUUCUUGGUUGGAAGAAGGGAGAGCAGAACGGGCAAGAGGAGAAAUGGUGCGAAAAGGCUGUCAAAAGUCUUGUGAAGAAGUUGAAAAAGACGGGACAGUUGGACGAGUUGGAAAAAGCCAUCACAACACAGAAUGCCAACACGAAAUGCAUAACCAUACCCAGAUCUUUAGAUGGCCGUCUCCAGGUCUCGCACAGAAAAGGUCUUCCUCAUGUGAUCUACUGUCGCUUGUGGCGCUGGCCAGACCUGCAGUCCCACCAUGAGCUGAGGGCUGUCGAACACUGUGAAUUUGCCUUCCACACCAAGAAGGAUGAAGUCUGCGUCAACCCCUACCACUACCAGAGGGUGGAGACACCAAUUUUGCCUCCUGUCCUAGUACCACGACACACAGAUAUCCCUGCAGAGUUCCCUAUGUUGGAUGACUACAGCCCAUCAAUCCCUGAGAACACCAACUUCCCCGCAGGCAUUGAGCCCCAGAGUAACUAUAUUCCUGAAACUCCCCCACCGGGGUAUCUGAGUGAGGAUGGUGAGACAAAUGAUCACCAGCUCAACCACAGCAUGGACACAAGUUCGCCCAGUCUGUCGCCCAAUCCUGUGUCACCCACAAACAGUAAUCUUGACUUACAGCCUGUGACAUACUGCGAGUCUGCCUUCUGGUGCUCCAUCUCCUACUAUGAGCUCAACCAACGUGUAGGAGAGACUUUCCAUGCCUCCCAGCCCUCCCUCACAGUAGAUGGCUUCACAGACCCCUCCAACUCUGAACGCUUCUGCCUCGGCUUGCUGUCCAACGUCAACCGCAACUCAGCAGUAGAGCUCACACGCAGACACAUAGGACGGGGCGUGAGAUUGUACUACAUUGGGGGAGAGGUGUUUGCAGAAUGUCUCAGUGACAGCGCCAUCUUUGUCCAGAGUCCCAACUGCAACCAGCGCUAUGGCUGGCAUCCUGCCACUGUCUGCAAAAUACCUCCAGGCUGCAACCUAAAGAUCUUCAACAACCAGGAGUUUGCUGCUUUGCUCGCCCAGUCAGUCAACCAGGGCUUUGAGGCUGUCUACCAACUCACCAGGAUGUGUACCAUCCGCAUGAGUUUUGUCAAGGGUUGGGGAGCUGAGUACAGACGUCAGACAGUGACCAGCACCCCCUGCUGGAUAGAACUGCAUCUCAAUGGCCCUUUGCAGUGGCUGGACAAGGUCCUUACACAGAUGGGUUCUCCCAGCAUCCACUGCUCCAGUGUGUCCUAGGAGCAGCACAUUCUUCCCAGAAAUCCUCCUUCCCAUUCAAACAUUGACAAACCACAUAGGAAAACUCAAGUAUCUCUCCGUGAUAAUAUGGAGAGACGCCACUGAUCAAAUCACUCUCCUCUCUCGCUGACAUUUCACCUCACCACAUCUAUAACACUUUCAUUAGUACCAUUUAGUGUCUCCAUUUGAUGAUUUGUUUUCAUGUGUUCAACAGGCAGCCACUGGGUAUUUGCAAUAGGUUUCAAUAGACUAACCACAUUUUCUUCAUAAUUCAUUCAGACAACAUGUCUGUGCUCAGUGUUGUAAUUUUUUUAGAUAUAUAAAAAGGAGAUUGAAAUGUUUGUUUCCCAAGUUUCAGCUUUGUCUCCUUUUACAUGUUUCAGAACAUUUUUGAUUCUAUGAAUUAGCUAAAAUUAUGAAUAUGCUACCAUCACUGGUGUUUCAGUGCACCAGCACCACUCUUUGUAAUCACUGAAUUGGGUGGCUUAUCAGUUGAAUCAUAAAUUAACAUGAAAAUUGUAAUUGAGUAGUGAUUAAAUAGAAUAUAUUUAAUUCAUAUUUUAAGUACAAGGUACUUUGCCCCUAUUCAUUUUUGUUAAUGAAAAUCAAUGUAAAUUAUCUGAUCAUGUAAUUGGUAUUAUCUAUUUUAAACCAAAUAUAGACAUUAGCACCAUUGUUUCUUGAAAAGAACCCUUGUAUGAAAACUAUUUUGCUCAGUGAAAAGAGACAUUUUAUAAGUUAUUUUUGCAUACUGUCUUGCAUGGGAAUAUAUUUUUUUUAUUGCCUCAGUAUGAUUGUACAUAAAUAUUUAUAGCUUGUGAUUUCUUGUCAUGCAUUGCUUGAAAUGGUGGACCUGACUGACCUCUGGCAUGAGUCAAUUCACAAAAAGACUUUGCUUUAAUGACCCAAAACGUGGGCUGCUUAAAUGUAAGACUUUCUAACCUGGGUUAACCCAGUACCUAAUUGUGACACAUUAGGAUUACUGUACCAGCUUACAGUUAUUUCCUAAUGAGGACAUAGAGCAUGACAUAAAGUAUGAGUGAUCAUCGUGGACUGGUAGAAUUUAGCCACCGUGUGACUUCAGUGUGAACGGUACGCGCUAGCAGGAACCUGUGCUUCAUCCAUCGAUGGCAUGUAGAGAAAACAAAUGCAGGUCUUUUUGCACAUUACCAACCGUUAGCCAAUAGUAUACUAUGCUCCUUGUGGGAAAAUUACGCACUUCCAAUUUACUGUGUUGAUCAUUGUAAAGCUUUAGUUCUAGUGGUAAUUUGCUUGUCCAGUAAAUACUGUAUAUUACAUGCACAUUGGUACAAUAUCAAGCAUGUCUAAUAUGCUCACGGUCAUUGUCUAUGAAGCCAAUGUGUUUAUCCUGCACAUACUUGCAGUACAUAAGACUGAGUCACCAUGUAAUGUAUUUACACCGUUACAUGGUGCUAUGCUUAAAUACUGUGUACUACAGUGUUAGGUAGUUGGUAGAUCUGUACUGCCUUGAUAUUCUUAGUUGGUAGUUUUCUGUUUAAGUCUUAUGUACAUGUUUUUUCAUGUCACUUAAUAUUUGUUCUCAAAUGACCACUGUUUUGUUAUCUGUGAAAAUUUAAUAAAUUGCAACUGAGAGUAAAAA